AUAUCUUUAUCAUCUUUGCAACACAAAGUCAAUAAUCUCUCUCUUUCAAUCUAGACUAUAAUUUCUAAAUUUCCUACACAAUCUCUUUCAUUGAAUUCACACCCAAAUUGGGUGUGUUCAAUCACGGAAUUUGUUGUACUAUAACUACAUAUUAUAUAUAGAUACAUAAUAUCUAUAUAUCUAUAGGUUGAAAGAGAUAAAGAUUGAAAUUAAUAAAUUAAAUACUAUUAAAAGAUGAUGACGACGAUGCUGAUGAAGGUUGAUUAUUCAAAAUCAAGAAGAAAACAUUUUGGAAACCCCCAUAUAAGGCUUCCUUCUUCUUCGUCUUCAUCAUCCUCCCAAAACAUCAUGGUUGCAGAAAAAACAGAUAUGCAGGAGGUUGUGGAUAUGAGUGCCAUGUCUUUAGACACCCUCCCUAUCAGUUCCAAUUUUAAUUUAGCCAUCAUUCGUGUCUUAGAUAUCUCCAACAACAAUCUCCAGGUGAUACCGGAAUCAUUAGCAGCAAGGCUGCUGAACAUGGUGGCGUUGGAUGUUCAUUCAAAUCAACUCAAGACUUUACCCAAUUCGAUUGGAUGUAUGUCAAAGCUCAAGUCUUUAAACGUCUCCGGUAAUCAUCUUCAAUCUCUCCCCAAAACCAUUGAAAAUUGCAGAGCACUGGAAGAUUUAAAUGCAAAUUUCAAUCAGCUGACGACGCUGCCGGACACCAUAGGAUUUGAGCUGAUCAACCUCAAGAAACUCUCCGUCAACUCCAACAAACUCAUCUUCCUCCCUACGUCCACCGGCCACCUCACCAAUCUCCGCCACCUCGACGUCCGUCUCAACCGCCUCCGCUCUCUCCCCGACGACCUCGAAAGUUUAAUCAACCUCGAAAUCCUCAACGUCAGCCAGAACUUUCAGUACCUCGAAACACUACCCUACUCCGUUGGCCUCCUCAUUUCCCUAGUCGAGCUGGACGUCAGUUAUAACAAGAUCACCGCCUUACCGGAAUCUAUCGGCUGCCUGAAAAAGAUCCGGAAGCUCAGCGUUGAGGGAAACCCGAUGGUGUCUCCGCCGCCGGAGGUGGUGGAGAAAGGUGUACAAGCAAUCAAAGAAUACAUGAGCGAGAAGAUGACUGGAGCCAAUGAUAUUUCUCCAAAGAAAAGGUCUUGGAUCGGGAAGUUGAAGAAAUAUGGGACGUUCAAUGGGAUCCGUAGUACGCCGGAGAGAGAAGGUUUUUUAAUGCCGAGUUACAGGACAAUCGACGGAUUUGCUUCUUCUCCGAGACACAUAAGCAUGUUCUCACCGCGUCGGCUUUUCUCGCCGAAAAGGGAUUUUACAAGAUGAAAGAAGUGGUGGCCAUUUUGUAAAAGACUACUUAGGGUUGCAAAGUCAUGGUGACAUAUUAUGCAUGUCGUGUUUUUAUAAUUUCUUUUUAUUUUUCUUUUCUUUUAGUGAAUAUUGGUGUUUUUCUAGUCUGUAAGUUUAGAAAUGGUAAUGUGAAAAAUGCAUAUAUAUGAACUUUGAUAUAUAUGAAGAUUAGGGGUG